GAAACAAGAAGGCCUGGGAAGAAAGAAUUAGGUGUUGCGGUAGAAUGGGAUCUGGCACUACACUUCCCCUGUGGGCGUCAGAACCUUGUAUCAUGGGCAUCGAUGAAGCCGGCCGAGGCCCUGUUUUAGGACCAAUGGUGUAUGGAUGCUUAUACUGUGCUUGCUCAUAUGAAAAGACACUGUCCUCUUUGAACUUUGCAGAUUCAAAGACACUAAAAGAAGAGAAGAGGGAGGAAUUAUUUGAGAAUCUAAAGGCUGAUGGAUCAAUUGGGUGGGCUGUCGAUAUCAUAGAUCCAAGAGAGCUUUCAGGUAAAAUGCUAAAGAAGAAUAAGAUAAACCUUAAUGAAAUAUCACAUGACUCUGCAAUUGGCCUUGUUGCUAAGGUACUCAACAUGGGGGUUCUUCUAACUGAGGUUUACGUGGAUACAGUGGGAGAUACUGAAAAGUAUAGAUGUAAACUGUCUGAAAGAUUUCCUGGUGUCAGUUUUGUUGUUGCAAAGAAGGCCGAUAGUCUUUACCCAGUUGUUAGUGGAGCUAGCAUAGCUGCAAAAGUCACAAGGGACAGAUCCUUAAGGGACUGGGUUAUUGAUGAGACAGCUGAAAAUAUGCACAAAAAAUUUGGUUCUGGAUAUCCUGGAGAUCCCGAGACCAAGGCCUGGUUGUAACAUCACAAACAUUCGGUAUUUGGAUUCCCAUCAUUGGUACGUUUCAGCUGGGGCACAUGUACUCCUUACUUCAAAGACAUUGCUGAAGUCCUAUGGGAAUCAAUGGAUGAAGAUGCUAGCAGUUCUGCUGGGAAAAGGCAACUGAAAUUAAGUAAUUUUGGUGUCACAACAUCAAAGAGAAAGAUUGAAGAAAUAGAAUCAAGUGGUAAAGGACGCUGCAAAUUUUUUAUGGCUCGUAAGCUUGAGCAAGUCACUCAUUUCUAAAUAAAGGAUUAAAGGUGCAGGAGAGAUGCCAGGCUGGAUGUGGGAACUCCUUAGUCCCAGUGAAACACAUAAUUUUAUCAAGGGAUAUCACUAUCCUAGAAAUCUUUUUCUUUAAAUCUACUGACUGGUUUCUAAAACAUAUUAUGAAGCAAGAGUUGGAAUUUAUUGGAUUUCUCUAAUGCACUCCACCUUUUACACAUUUAUAGAGGGUAAUGCAGUCAUCAGAAAGUUUGGGUUCUCUAUGAUUUGGUGGAAUUCAUACCACUCAUUGUAAACAUUUUCGUACUUGAAAUUAUUUAGGCCUUCUCAGUAUCCAAUCUUUUAGCUAGCUUGUAGUUUUCUGUUGUUCUACAGGCAUGUCUCUGUAAUGUGUUGAGGGGUGAAAUUGUUAGUUUUCCCCUUCAUGUAUCUGUCCUGAUGUAUUGGGUCUUAUUUUCCGAGAAUCCCAUAUUCCCAUUCGAUUUAUAGUCUUGGCAAUCUUGUCAGAACAAAGAUAUAUUAUUGAAAGAGAUAUCUGUUAUAGGGGGAAUAGCGCUGAAGAUUGUCCUAGAAUCCCAUAUUCCCAGAAGGGUAUAGCGCUGAAGAUUUUUCACACAUUCGUGGGAUACCUAUAUCCCAAAAAAGAAAAUACAGACAACAACGAAGCAAGAAUACUGUGUUAAAUGCCCUGAGGACGGUAGUGCAUUAUGUUUUUGUUGGUGGUUCAGAGA